AAACCGUAGAGGCGGGGGCCAGUCUAGAACUAUACUACCAUCUCUCUCUCUCGCCUGCAGCAGUCACGCGGCGGCGGGUAAACCGGCAAAGGCAAGAAACCGGGAUAAGAGAAAGCAAACCAAAGCAAUGGAUUCAGAUUAUGGUGUUGAGCUGAAGGGAUCUGUUUGCAGGAUCAAGAACUGUGCUGUUGAGCUCUUCUCGAUGGAGGAGGAUUUGUUGAUUGAUGAUGAUGAAGACUCGUGGGACCUAGUUGAGAGGGAUCUCCGGCUGAAGGCCACCUUCUUGUAUAUUGACCUCAGCCGUGUGAUCUCCUCCUGCGAGAGUGAUGAGCACAAGAAGACACUCACCGGGCUAGCCAACAAGUUCUUCUACUUCAUGGACGAGCUGGACAAUGCGGUGAAGGACAGAAGCGUGACACUGAUGCAGGCGUGCUACGGCGACACGGCUCAUGCUCUCCGCGAGGUGGUCGCGGCGCUUGUGCCGUCCCAUUAGCAGGACAUAGAGAGAGGAAGAUCUGCGAGCUUCACAUUUCCUGAAAUUGCUCUAAAACUUGUACAAAGUGGGUUGGCCGACAAGAGAGAAACGAGGCGGGCGCAGAUGGCCUGUGUGUAAUGUGCAUAUAUCCUAAAAUGGCUUUAGCGUCUAGCAGUUUGCCUUGCCCAGUUGCCGUCAUGGUUUCGGUGAUUUGUGCGAGUAGUGAAUCUGCAAUGCACUGUAAAACUAAAAGGCGGAUCUGUGA